AUGAAUCGUAGCUUCAGAGCUUCGGAAUCGCAAAUGCAUGCCGCGGUGACGCAGAGGCGUCACCGAUUGGGGAUUUCCAGAUCGUCUUCGUUUUUUGUUGAUAAAGAUGACGAGCUUGCGUUGUUCAAUCAGAUGAGAAAUUGCGAGGAUGAGAAUGAUGAUCUUUUGUUACAAGAUUCUACUGAGGAGUUUGUUGAUUCUGCAUUAGGCUUAAAUUCGAGGAGUUCUCCGUUAUUUAACAUUCCAUCAUCAACUGAAGCUCCUGUGCGUAAGACUGGUGCGGAUGAUUUUCUCAAUUCUGAAACUGAUAAGAAUGACUAUGAAUGGCUUCUAACUCCUCCUGGGACUCCCCUUUUUCCUUCUUUGGAGAUGGAAACUAAAAAAACUGUUAUGAGUCGGCUCGGUGCUUCAACAACACGUCCCACGCCAUUAAAAUCUAAAAUGGCAAAUCCUCCACCGGAGCAUAGAAGGAACAACUUGGUUUCUAAACAAGCUUCUUCUCCUGGGUUGACCGCUUCAGGGGGUGGAACCAGGAGGCCUUCAUCAUCAGGGAAUCCAGGAUCAAGACCUGCAACUCCCACGGGGCGGUCUACAUUAACCACAUCUUCAAAAUCAUCUAGACCUUCAACACCUACUUCCCGGACAUCGAUACCUUCAACACCUACUUCCCGGACAUCAAUACCUUCAACACCUAUUUCCCGGACAUCGCUACCUUCGACGCCUACUUCCCGGACAUCGAUACCUUCGACGCCUACUUCCCGGACAUUGAUACCUUCAACGCCUACUUCCCGGACAUCGAUACUUUCAAGUAGGACAAUGGUAGCUGCAGCCAAGCCCAGUGUUCCUUCUGCUAAGAGUACAGUUCCCGCCAUCAAGACGACUACAGCUCCUGCAGCUAAACCCACAGUUCCUUCUAGGUCUUCAACACCCUUGUCAAGAUCUACUACAAGGUCUUCAACUCCGAACAGCAGGCCUACCUUAUCUAAUUCCAGGCCCACCUUAUCUAACUCCAGACCUGAAUCAAGGGCAUCGACACCUACACGGCGAUCAUCCACACCAUCAAAUGUGUCAACCAUCUCUGCUCCAUCAGUUAAGACUUCUUCAAUACCCAAGCCAGCUCCAGCCUUGUUGAAGCAGCCAAUACCGCCACGUGGAACUUCACCAACAGCGAUAUCAAGACCAUGGAAGCCAUCGGAAAUGCCUGACUUUUCACUUGAUGCUCCCCCCAAUUUGAGGACAACACUUUCGGAAAGGUCAGUUUCAGCAACUAGGGGAAGACCUGGAGCACUGUCAGCACGCUCUUUGUCUAUUGAGCCUGCUUCUAGUGGAAGACCAAAGAGGCAAUCGUGCUCUCCUUCUAGAGGACGGCCCACCAACGACAUUUCUCGCACAAGUGGAAGCUCUAUGCCGGCUGUUAAUCGUGGAUAUUCCAAAGCGAAUGACAAAGUCAGUCCGGUUGCAGUGGGCACCAAAAUGGUUGAGCGGGUAAUUAAUAUGAGGAAACUAGUUCCUCCUAAGAUGGAUGUCAAAAACUCUCCACGUAGUACUCUAUCUGGCAAGCCAUCUCCAUCUCCAGAUAGCUCCGGUUUUGGAAGAACACUCUCGAAGAAAUCCUUGGAUAUGGCUAUUAGGCAUAUGGAUAUAAGAAAAAGGGUUCCAGGCAAUAUGCGACCAUUGACGACAAACAUUCCAGCCUCUGCAAUGUAUAGUGUGCAGUCAGGACAUCGGCGAAGCAUAAAUGUUAGUUUCUCGGGUUCUCCACAUGCAACUAGCAGUAAUGCUGGUUCUGAAAUAAGUGUAAACCAAAAUGGUCUUUACUCAGAUAAUAGUGAAAUAGAUUAUUAUGAUAUGGUGAGUGACAGAGGCGUUCAAUCUCCGGCCAGUGUGCGGGGCAGGUACAACUACAAACCAUAUCAUACUGAGUUUUAG